AUGGUUUCUCUGAGUCGAGCAAAGAAAGCGUCUUCUCCUACCCUAUACUGAAUGUAGUAGUUGAGAAGCUUAUAAGGGGUGCGUAUAUAAACGAAGCAACAUCCCCGAGAGAACCAUAACUCACCUACUACUGACCAUCAACGGAUGACUAUUUAUUUUCAAAAUAUUCACAAUUAUUUUUUUUUCGUGCUCGUCGGUACUCACUCGGGAUUGUGGUUAUUUUUGUUUCAAAUUGUUAUACAAUAAUUGAACUUGUUGUUGUUAUUUAAAUAUUUUAAAUAACUCAAAAUUUAUUUAAUUAAGUUUAUAACGCAGUGUUGUGAUUUGAGUAAUUGUAAGAUUCGGAAUAACUUUUAGCCGACCAUAAAACUCAUCACAAUGACAGCGUACGUAAACUCACCUUCAAGACACCUCGCGUUAGACUGUACAUCAUUGAAACAAAACUUUAAUGAAAAAACAGAAACAGUUUUAGAUCUUUCUUGCAAAAAAGAACAUGAUAGCCAAAUAGCUUCAUGUAAUUUAAGUCCCGUGUCACUGGAAGCAAGAUCAGUGUCGCCGUUAAGCGAGAGUACCAACGAGCAACAUCAUUAUCAUCAUCAUAAUAAUAAUUAUCAUGAAGAAUUAGCGCAGCAGCAUCAGGCCCAGAAGCAGCAAAAUUGUCCUCGUUAUUACCAAGAUUAUCAUAAUAAUUCAUCUGAAGACGAACAAAAAAGUCCUGAGAGUCGUUCAUUCAUGGUAACACCACCUUCAGAUUCAGAUUCGCCAACGAAGUCAAAAUAUCAAGGCAUUUCACCGCAACAAACUUCACCUGAAACAGAUCAUCAUCAUCAUUAUUCGCCUACUUCAUCGCCAAUGUUAUUUAUGAAUAAUCCAAUAACGCACCCAGUACAUCAUCCUGUGAUGCCAGUGCCAAAUAACAGUAUUUCUUACCCUCAAGUGCUAGCACCGACGACGAACUUGUUAACAAUAAAUCCAAAGGUAUCCGAGCAAGCUUGUACACCUGACGUUGGGAAGAAAGCACCUCGGCCAUUCAAAGCGUAUCCUAAAGACCCACUGGCUUUGACAGUCAGCCCGCCGGAAUUCAUGUACGACCAAAAUUCAAAAGAAUCUUACAGCGAGUUUCGCAAGCGGAUGCUUGAGUCGGUGAGAAAAUCCAAUGACGGUACUAAUAUUAAAAUGAGAAGGUUGAGUAAAAAUUCAAACUUACCAACCAGCACUGUCGAUGACAAGGACAUGGCUUACUGGGAAAGGCGCAGGAAAAAUAAUGAAGCGGCGAAACGAUCGCGCGACGCAAGACGAGCUAAGGAAGAUGAAAUCGCUAUCAGGGCAGCUUAUCUAGAGCAAGAAAAUAUUAAAUUAAAAUAUGAAAUCAUAGCACUGAGAAAUGAAACUGCAAGGCUGCGUUGCAUGAUUUAUCCUAGUUAAUAAAUUUGUUUAGAAACUAGUUGUAGAUACAAAUAGAUUUUGUAAAUAUUAAUGUACAUAGUUAAUGAUUUAAUCGAGUCUAAUUUAGCGUAUAAAUUUGAGAUAUUAUUUUGUUAUCCAUACCUUUUUGUACAAUAAAACAAAAAGUAACGAUUCGUCUGAUUUAGUUAUUGUAUAACUGAGUAGAAAUUUUUUUUAUUUCAAAAUGUAUAGCUUAUGACUAGAGGUUAUAAAUGUAGGAGAGAAUUAUUAUAAAUAAUUGACUGAAAAAUAUACAUCCCAUCAUUGUAUCUAUUACUUAAAACCAAGUAUACUAGUUUUAUAUUAACUAACUUCUGUAAUAUUUGAUAUUUAUCCGUAACAAUAAUGAUAAAUUUUGGAAUUUAUAAACUUAACUAAUUUUUUU